AGAAACUAUCCCCUCACCCCCUCCCUCCUCAACCCCCUCACAUUUCGCCCAAACACAGCAUACAACACCCCCGCCGUCACCAAAAACGCCAAAAUCCCCAUUGUCACGCCUAGCCCUGCUGCCGCCGCUCCACUAAAUCCUGCCGACGACUUCGACGGCUUCACUGAGACGAGAGAGGCAGAGGUGGUACUCGUUGCAUCUAGUCCCGGAAAUGCAACCGUACUCUCAAACGUAGGGGAGUUGGAUGUAAUGCUAGUUGGAGGAGAUAUAGUCACCGUAUCUCCCCCGUCAUCAGUAUUACUUUUACUCUGGUGUACCACUGAUGAUGAAGAUGUUUCCGGGGCUGAAGAGAGAGGUGCAUUCGUCGUUGUUGGGGUCGCGGAAAUAGUGUCUGAGGAGGAGAGAGGGGGAGAAGUGCUGGAUGCGAGCGGUGAUGGUGCUGGUGCCAUGGAGAUUACGAUGGGAGUGAUGCCCCCGGUUUUUGUGGAUGGGGAUGUCAUGGUUGCUGUGUGGAUGUAUGGUUGUGCGUAUUGUGGUGGAAUGGGUUGCGUAUGA